UUCGGUGACAAGUUGACACCGGCAAGAGUAAAAGAUAGGCAAAACACUUGUUACCUGGGAAACAUAUUUGCAAUUGUAUGAGCGCAGCGCCGUGCUUGUAAACGAGGCCAUAUUUAAAACUCAGGCGUUUUCUUCUAUUUGUAAAAGAAAAGAAUUCUUGACUUUAAAACCGGAAAGCAUUACACGCGAAGAAAAAGGGGAAAAGCUGAAAUAAACUCGCUGCUAUUGAUGUGAACAGGAGCAGCUGUAUUAACGAACGCGAUCUUUACACAGAAAAUCGAGGACGAGAUUCUCUUUGCUAUGUUCGUGAAGCAUGGACUAAAGAGGUUCAUUACUUUAAAGGUUUUUUGAAGCCAUCGCAUCAGUAUUUUAAUCAAGCCAAUGGGAGGGUGUUCGUCCGCUGUGUCACCUGAGGACCCAAACGCUCAGCAAAACGCAAAGACAAACUGGUGUGUGUGCUGUGGAUCAAGACAAGACUCCACAGCUGCUCUGCUGUCCAAAAAAGAACAAGAUUUGGACUGUGCACGGCCAACGAUCGAAGAGGCGAAGAAGUGGCCAACGUCGUUCGAAACUGUGCUAAAACACAAAUUUGGUCUUCAACUGUUUCAAGAUUUCCUUCGAUCCCAAUAUGGUGAGGAAAAUCUCAGUUUCUGGUUGGCUGUGGAGGAUUACAAGAAAUCGGACGAAAGCACUCGGGCAGAAAAAGCAAGACUGAUUUAUGAGGACUAUGUAUCCACUCUUUCGCCCACAGAGAUUAGUCUAGAUGCUAAAGUACGAGCAGAAAUCGAUAAAAGCAUGAGCAAUCCGGAUAAAGACACCUUUAAAUGCGCACAAGAUCAUAUAUUUACGCUAAUGUACCAUGACUGUUUUCCAAGAUUUAUCAAAUCGAAACAUUACAAACAACUUUUGAAGAAACAUUGACCCAGGCUGGUGCGCAGCGUUGACUUUUGAACAAAGACGGCGACGAAUUAACUCUUCAGUUCAAGCAUGGGAAAGCGCAGCCAUUGAAAUGUUUUACACAAGAUGCGGAUUACUAUAGAACAGUGCGAAGUUAAUUUACAGUACAAGUGGUCAUGAAUUUCUCCGUCGUACACACUAGCAGAAUUUCACCUAAUUUCGAUGCAUACAAACAUCUACUGAGUAUCAAUUUACGACUCAAAUUAUGAUUCCGUACUCAUCAACUCAUGAAAAAUUCAUUGACAAAAUCUUACACAGGAACAGGAUGAAGAAUAAACCAACUAGAAUACUCGAUUCCCAAACCGCCAAACUAAGUAAGUGUUGCUUUCCCCUUCCAAUUCCAACUGUGACUUAGAUCAUUUAUGCCUAAAUAUCCGUUUUCGAUUCAAAUUAUUGAUUUGAUUACAGAGUUUUGUCUGUUCUUCCUUCCUGCAUGUUCUUUAGUUUUUUGAGUCGUACUGUAAGUAAAGUUCUCAUCCAGCCUGAAGGUCAGAAGAAUUAUUACUUAAUAGCAUAACAAAGACAUUUUGAUUUUUACCCCAACUUGACCAAAAAAAGCAAAACCCUUACAAAGGCAUUCUCGUUUAGGAACACUGGGUUUAUAUUAGGUUCGUCUGUAAAUACGAUGUAAUAUAAUAACACAUCAAGUGCCAGCGGAUAAGAGGCUGCUGACUGACACCCGUUAAAUUUGAUUACCGUAGUUGUGAGAAAUUCUUGGUACAUCUAAUGAUAUCCAUAAACAGAGUAAAUAAGAUAAGUUUCUAUAAGGAAAAACGCCUAUGGGCACUUUGUAAAACAGUUUAAACAGGCCAGCUGCCUGGCCUUUUUUAGAGCAAAAAACAUUGCCAAAAAACAUUCUUACUUGUAAAACUUAAGCCUCAAAGUUUUGCACUGUUUUGGAUCGAUUUUGUCUUGAUAAGUUUCUAGCGUUUUCUAAAUAACCUACAAACUUGCUCGCGUGUCACUUUCUUCAAGACUAUGGAGAUUUUGAACAGUUAUCACUGUUAGUGAAUCAAGUAGAGCAAUGAGUUUCCUUUUAAGUUAGACAGACAAUUCAACAGUUUAGAAAUGUUUCCUCAGAGACCUAAGAUAUUUUGUAAAUAGACGUGUGGUACGAACAACUUGUUUCCUUGAGACAUGUCCUCGCAACACAUCUGUACAGCUGCUUGAGUUUGCGGUCAAAUGUUUAUUUAUAAGAUAACACUGUCGUAAUAAAGAGGGUCGAAUAAAUGAUCAAAUGAAGGCAAGAAAAUGCAAACAAAUGAUUAGAUGUAAUAAAAUGUAAAUUAAAAUAAAUUGUAAAUAGAUUACAGGUUGAACUGGUGGAAAAUGACCUCUGUUUACUGAGCCACAACUUGCAAGAAAUUUAUACAAACUUGUGAAAUAAAAGUGGGUACUGAGUUUUGACCACCGUGUUUUGACCAUCGGUAGCUUGUCAUCACAAACUUGCAUUCACAUAAUUUCCUCUCAGAAAAUGGCAAAUAGGGCAAAAUGACAGAUGGUUUGAUUUACUGUAGAAGUAUGCCCGUUAAAAGAGAUUUCAAAUAGGAAGUUCCAAUUCAUUUUAUUCUGUUAUUUGUUAUGACUUUAAUCAAACCUUUGGCACAGAUUAAUACAAAUAGUUUACACAGCUCCCAUCACUUUGGGAAUCCAAGUUAUCAUGCAAUCACAGUAACUACAACAGCAAUUUUCAAUUGAGUGUCAAAAGCAAUCCAGGAUUACUUUGGUUUUGCUUUACUUCGUUAUGUGAUUGGUCCAGAAAACUGGUGCCACUUUCUUAGCCAAUCAGAUUUUAAACCAAAACCAAUCACGACUUGGUCGCCCGCGUUUUCCCGCGCUUUAGGCUGCUUGAUCGUUUUUACUUUAAGUUCUCAUUGGCUCUGAAGGGUAUUUUCAUUUCUCCUGAUUGGCUGUUGGUUUUGGAUUUACGACACUCAAUUGAAAAGCGCAUUAAGAAUAAUUCUAACAGAUACUAUCUAGAUUUCUAGCUAGUUGUAAAUAAAUAUGGUUCGAAUGCAGGCAGUCUUUGGUAAAUUCAACCUCUAAAUACGAACCAAAUAAUGCGCUGACGAACAAAAAUUAUUACUGAGGACUGCAGUCGGGAAAAAGAUGAAAUCUGCAAAACUUUGCUUUGUCAACAAAACUGUAAAAAAAGAAGUUAAAAGUGUUUUAAUCGAUUAAUUUUAGAAUACCGAUAAUUCUACAUUAUAGGUGCUUAAUACAUAUAAUUAAUCAUGUUAUUUCACAUUUACCACACGUGGUGAUGAUUACACAAUUAUCGCGGAAAUU